CAACUGUUAAGUUGAAAUGCUGAUGCAUGCUUGCUGGCAGGGCAUCAUUACCCGACCUCGGUAUGCAGCAAACCCCGGCACUAGCCGUCAAGCGGACUAGGCGACGUGAGGCAAAAUCAUGCACGGAGUGUAGGCGGAGAAAGCAGAAGUGCAACCCACGGAAAGAAGGAGGGCCCUGCGGUAACUGCUUGAGACGUUAUCCUCCUGUUGCGUGCGUUGGGAGGGCUGAACCGCCUAAGAAGCCGAACACGACUUCCGGGGAAGAUCUUGAUCCUACCCUCAACAUCGAAGAAUACUCCCCUGGCACCUCCAGCUCUAGUGCCCCUGAACUCGGCGAACCCAGAUCUCAAAGUCUUUACUCACACUCCAACGACUCCCACACUCCAAAUCAUUCAGCGUCAAUAUCCCCAGCAAUAUCCGCAAUAACCGAUCAAAGUGUUUCCAGCUACUUCACAAAGGCCCAUUCUGAUGUAGAGAGGAGCAGCGAGAUCAUCCUUUCUUCGAAUCCAAGCCCCGCUCACACUCCAGAUGAAUCUCCUUACGGAAGUCCUAAAAUGUUUGGGGGAAUCUUGACUUCUAUUAACACUCUGUACAGCCUUCCCAUAAAGCAAACAUCCCAAAACGCAGAGCUCCUCCAUUUCUUUCACAGCUACGUCGUGCCAAAUCUCGUGUCAAUAGAUGGACGAAACGUCCCACCCCUAUUCCUGAGAGAAAUGUUACCAUGGAUGAUCCAGUCGCCAUUGAUGCCAAAUAUUGCAAUUAUGAUGGCAUCUGCAACGCAAAGCAGUGAGCAGGAAUUAAUGGUUAAAAAGAGUGCUGAGACGCUUUCGAUUCAAAGUCAUGUCUUCAAGAUCAUCAAUCAAUUUUUGAAACGGGAUUUCAGUGAAGUUGGUGGGGAGGCACUGCGGGCAGUGAUCCAUCUUGCCAUAUCAGAAUUCUUCUGGGGAUCUUCUGAGAUGUUGUGGCCUCAUGUGAAGGGUCUCAAUCAAAUGAUCAAGCUUCGAGGAGGUUACACAGGGAUGAAAGAUCCUGUUUUGGAGUCAGUUUUUGUCCUCACGGAUUAUGAACUCGCCUGCUGCUUCGAACGUGAUCUGUCAAUGCAGGAACUAAAUCCCGCGCGAGAUACGGACCCACCUAUUCCUCUCUCGUAUGCAGAGGCUUUGAAAUGCCCGUUAAUCACCUCACCAACUACUUUCGAGCAGACUCGAGAAUCUCUGAAUCUCAAUACUGCUGCGGCCGAAAUUCUCGAUGACGUUCGAUUCCUCACUUUAUUCAUAACCUCACCAGAUACACAAGCCAGCACAUCAAAAAUCCAAAGCACCGCUUCGUGGCUGCACAAGCAGUUGGAAAUCAUACCAGCGCCAAUUGGACUUUCUGAUAUACCAGAGGCGGACCUCAUCCUAGAGAUUAUACGCAUCACAGCUCUCAUAUACACCAACUGCAUCGCAACUCUCAGACCCUUUACAAACGCCUACAUACCCACCCAAUUCAUCUCCCUUCUCGACAAAAUCUCUGCAGUAGGCUUAUUGCGAUGGAAAGAGAUCCCCGGCAUCUUCCUCUGGAUUCUCCUCGUAGCAUGUCCGAGCGCAGGUAACGAUUUGCAAGGCAGGUUCUUGAAGAAGAAGAUGGCUGUCACGGGAAUGACUAUUGGAAUGGAGGACUUUGGCUUGUCGAUUGGAUGUUUGAGGGCUUUUUGGAAAGUGCAGAGGUGGAUUGCGAGGGAGCGGGAGAGGGACGUCAUCGAUCCUAUGAUUUUGGGAGAAUGCGGGAAUACUGCCACAGAGGAAGUUUAGUCACAUCGCAUUCGGGGCUUCUAUCUGUGGCCGUUUCGUUUGGUGGCUUAAUAGCUUGUUAAAUAGUUGUAGUCUACGAGCCUAAAGAAGUUUGAAGGGGAAAAAGUAUAAAGACGCAUACCGCCAUAAGGCAUUCGGGU